UUAAGCCAUUUUGUUGAUGAACAAGCAAGCUUAAUCCCUUAUUUCUUAACUUAAUUUCUUCAUUCGAAUUCAUUUGCUACUGUGACAAUGGCUGAAGCUUUACUUACUAUCAUGUUUGAGAAUCUGAACUCGUUGAUCCAGAAAGGGUUUGGAUUGCUUUGGGGUGUCAACAAAGAGAUGGAGAAGCUGUCUAGCAUCCUCUCAACCAUCCGUGCUGUUCUUGAAGAUGCAGAGGAGAAGCAGUUGAGAAACAGAGCAAUCAAGAAUUGGCUGCAAAAGCUUAAAGAUGUUUCUGGUGAGUUGGAUGACAUUCUGGAUGAGUGCUCAAUGGAGGCAUCACUGCUGGAGUACAAAACGCAGAGGUUUGGAUCUACCCAAAAGGUAAAAGCUUCUUUCUUGUCCUGUUUAAACCCAAAAAAUACUUGGUUUCGUUUUCAAAUUGCAAAAAAGAUGGAAGAUGUUUCAGAGAGAUUGGAUGAUAUUGCAAAAGAACGUGAGAAAUUUCACUUGCGUGAGGUUGUUCAGGAUCAGAGACGCGUCCAAAUAAGAAACGAACGGGACACUGGCUCCAUUGUUGAUGAGAAACAGGUAUAUGGAAGAGAACAAGAUAAAGAUAAGAUUGUGGAGUUUUUGGUAGAGUCCAAUUCAAGCAAUUCCAAAGAUCGUCUCUCUACCUAUGCGAUUAUAGGCAUGGGAGGCAUGGGGAAAACUACCCUCGCUAAACUUGUGUACAAUGAUCCAAGGGUUACUGACCAUUUUGAUCUGACAAUAUGGGUAUGUGUCUCUGAGGACUUUGACGUGUGGAGAUUGAUAAAAUCUAUAAUAGAAUCUGCCUCUGGAAAUCCUUGUGAAGCUUUGGACAUGGAUCCUCUGCAGAAACGCCUCCAAAACAUGUUGGAAAUGAAGAAGUAUUUACUUAUUUUGGAUGAUGUGUGGAAUGAAGAUAAAGAUAAAUGGGAAAGAUUGAGAAAUGUACUUGCUUGUGGAUUAAAUGGUUCUUCGAUCGUAGUUACCACUCGUCUCGAAAAGGUUGCAUCAAUUAUGGGAGCAACCCAAAUGCAUCAUAUAUCUAGCUUGUCGGAAGAUGAAUGUUGGUUAUUGUUCAGCCAACGUGCAUUUCUCAAUGAAAGCGAAAAAAGACCAAGUCUUGUGAAAAUUGGAAAGGAGAUUGUGAAGAAGUGCAAGGGAAAUCCGCUAGCAGCAAAGAGUUUAGGAAGCUUAAUGUGCUCCAAAAGUGAGGAACAGCAAUGGCUUUUGGUCAUGGAAAGUGAACUUUGGAAUUUGCCACAACAUGAAACUUCCAUCCUACCAGCUUUGAGAUUAAGCUACCACCAACUAACGGCACAAUUACGAAGAUGUUUUACUUUCUGUGCCAUUUUUCCAAAGGAUUUUGAAAUAGUGAAGGAAAAAUUAAUUCAUCUGUGGAUGGCUAAUGGCCUUAUAUCUUCCAAAGAAAACAUGGAGGCGGAAGAGAUGGGCAAUGAAAUUUUUAAUGAAUUAUAUUGGCGAUCAUUCUUUCAAGAUGCUAAAAAGGAUGAAUGUGGCAACAUUAAAAGCUUCAAGAUGCAUGAUCUAGUACAUGAUCUGGCUCAAUGUAUUAUGAAGGAUGAAUGCACAGUUACCAAGUCUGAUUUCCCAGAUUUCUUCUUUACAUUUUGCAAUGGAAAAUCCUUGCGUACUCUACUGUUAAUGGAGAUUUCUAGCUUUAUGGCUCAAGCUAAGUUGCCUCAUCGCUUAUAUUUUCCUAGUUUACGUGCUUUUGAUAUAGAAGAUGCUUUCAUCUUGAAGUUGAAGUCCAUAUCUUCUCUAAUCAGUAAUUCCAAACAUCUACGAUAUUUGAAUCUUUCGAGAACUAACAUUAGAAUCCUUCCUGAGUCAAUUUGUUUGUUGGUAAACUUACAGACUUUGGAUGUAAGUGGGUGUUAUAAUCUUGAGAAGCUACCAAAGCAUAUGAGUCGCUUAAGGGGUCUACGUCAUUUUUAUAUUGAAGGUUGUCAUUCGUUAAAUCACAUGCCUCCUAACAUUGGGAAACUAAGUUGCUUAAGAAGUUUAAGCAGGUUUAUUGUGGAUAGGAGAAGAGGAUGUGAUAUAGAUGAAUUGGGAAGCUUGUUGAAACUUGGUGGUAGUCUGAGAAUCGAACACCUUGAGAAAGUGAAGAGUCCAAUGGAAGCCAAAAAAGCCAAUCUAGUGGGAAAGACGAAUCUCCAAAGGUUGCAUCUGCGGUGGCCUGACUACCUAAAUGAAAAAGGAGACCAAAAGAUGAAUCAUGAGAAGAUACUCGAUGCUCUUGAACCUCCUCCGACUUUAAAAGAUUUGUAUAUUUCAAAUUUUAGAGGUGGACAUUUCCCGCAUUGGCUUAAUGCAAACUUGGAAAAUUUAGUCAGCAUAAAUUUCAGUUACUGCAGAAACUGUAUGGAACUUCCUACAGCCAUGGGGAAACUACCAUCUCUAACAUCUCUUUGUUUAAGUGCUAUGGAAUGUUUGCGGUAUGUGGAUAAUGAAUCCUGUGAUGGACGGCUAUUCGGCGGUUUCUUCCGAUUAGAAACUCUCGUGAUUGAUUGUUUACGGAGUUUAGAAGGGUUGUCCAGGGUGGAAAGAAGCGACAUAUUCCCACGCCUAUCCAAUUUGAGGAUUGUUGGAUGCCCUAAAUUGACCUCCUUACACAGUCUUCGGUCAAUCGAGGAGUUAUAUCUAUGGGGAUGCAAUGAGACACUGUUAGAAUCAGUUUCGAAUCGCCAUACUCUAACGUUACUUAAAAUAUUUAAUAAUGAUGAUUUGGCUUCCUUUCCCGAUGGGUUCCUACAUAAUCUCACCGCUCUCAAAUCACUUGAUAUUUCAAGAUUCAGAAAGCUUCAAGAUUUGCCAUCUGACAUGCUUAUUGACCUAACCGCUUUGGAAGAAAUAUCUAUCUCUCGUUGCGAUAUGCUUGAGUGGUUUCCUACGGCAAUAUUUCAAGGCUUAAUUAGCCUUAAAAAGAUAGGCAUUGAGAAGUGUAGAAGGCUGAAAAGCUUGUCAGAUAGUUUUGAAGACCUUACUGCACUUGAAUCAUUGCAAAUCCAAGGUUGUCCAAAGUUGGACACUUUCCCAAAUGGUCUUAACAAUCUUUCUUCCCUCCAACGUCUGACCCUAGUAGACUUGGCAGCUUUGCCUGAGAACUUAAACCAUCUCCCCUCCCUCAAAGAUAUGGAAAUUUCUGGGUUUCGAAAUCUUGAAAAGUUGCCUGACUGGCUUGGAGACUUGACAUCUCUUGAAUCAUUAUCUAUUGUCAAUUGUCGACAUUUGGAAUAUCUACCCAAAUGUAUCCAACACCUCACCAACUUACAGAGCUUGAAAAUUGAAAAUUGCCCUAAAUUAACGGAACGAUGUAAAAAGGAAAUCGGAGAGGACUGGCACAAGAUAGCCCACAUUCCACGUAUCCAUGUGUGGUGUGGCCUGCUAGCUAGCGGCCAACCCAUAUGAGAAGACACUGCAGAUUGUUUGUUCAACGUAGAGCAACCAGGUCCAGAAACAGAUGGGUAAGUGGGCUAGAAUUGAGGCCCAAGGGGAAGAGACCCAAGUCAAGGCUAAAGAUGAAAUUAAGGGAACAGGGGGUCAUUUUGAAGCUGGUAUCAAAGAGGCAGCCGUGAAAACGGGAAGAAGCUUUCAGGAGAGGCAGGCACGCUUCGGAAUGCUAGGAAACGUGUGAAACCUCGCUGGCUCAACGAUUUUGUGAUGCCAGGGCAGAGUUGAGAUUUUUACGGGAAGCCUUGGCUCAUAACCGUUUCUGUUAUCUGAUUUCUGUUAUUUUGCUAUUAUUUGUAAUUUUGAAUAUUUGAAAAAUUGUGUGAGGUGGAACUAUAAAGUCUGAGGCAGCAUUCUGUAAAGGUGUUGUUGAAUGAAGAAAAUCCUUUAGAGAGGAGUUGGGCACUGACUCGAAGAGUGCGAAUUUCCAUUAAUUUGUAUCACAAUAGCUAUAGAGCAUUUUAACUCUAUAUUAAACCAUGAUCUGUGUUUUCUAUCAUUCUUACAAAUCUUCAUACAGAGACAUAUUAGUUGUUUUAAAAUAUAUGUGAGUAUUUGUUGCACUUGCUAACUAGGAAAGUUAUAUAUCAUUUUAACAA